AUGACCUCAACGCCGUUAUCCGGCCUGACGACGCCGGUCGGCGGUGUCGCCACGCCGGGGGUCUUCACGCUCACGUCGUCGGACAUGGCCGGUCUCCACCUCUCGGACAGCUUUGACGAGGAUGCGCUUCGCCGCGAGCGCGAGAAGUACCGGGAGCGCCCGGUCCCGACGAUGAAGCAGGCUGACCUGAUCAAGAAGGUCAAGGAGGAUGAGGCGAGCGGAAAGAAGAGCUUCAGUUUGAUCGUCGUUGGUCACGUCGAUGCCGGCAAAUCAACGCUGAUGGGACGGCUUCUGUACGAGAUUGGCAACGUGACGGAGAAGCAGAAGACGCAGAACGAGCGCGGCGCACAGCGUGCCGGCAAGUCCUCCUUCGCAUUCGCGUGGGGUCUCGACGCGCUGGGAGACGAGCGUGACCGCGGUGUCACGAUUGACAUUGCGACGACGCACUUCGAGACGCCGCACCGCAACAUCACGCUCCUUGAUGCGCCGGGACACCGCGACUUCAUCCCCGCCAUGAUCUCUGGAGCCGCGCAGGCCGACGUCGCUCUUAUGGUCAUUGACGGCUCCCCAGGGGAGUUUGAGGCCGGCUUCCAGCGCGGCGGUCAGACGCGUGAGCACGCGUGGCUCGUGCGUUCGCUCGGUGUGAAGGAGAUCAUCGUGGCCGUGAACAAGAUGGACGUCGUCGACUGGUCGCAGGACCGGUACGACGACAUUGUUGACGAUAUGAAGCCCUUCCUUGCCAGCGCCGGCUUCCACCACAGCAAGACGACGUUCCUUCCCCUCGCUGCCAUGGAGGGCGUGAAUGUGCUCGAGCGUGACCUGCCCACCGAGGCGCAGUGGUACAAGGGCCCGACGCUCGUCGACGCGCUCGACAAGGCGGACGUCCCCGAGCGUCCCUACGAUGCCCCGCUCAGGAUACCUCUUUCGAACGUUUUCAAGGGCCAGACGGCGAUCGCGUCGGGUGUUGCAGUCCAGGGUCGUCUGUGUUCCGGCCUCGUGCAGGUCGGUGACAACGUCAGGGCUGUUCCGGGCGACGUCGUCGCGACAGUGCGCACAAUCGAAGCAGACGAGGACACGGCACCGUACGCCGUCGCGGGCCAGAACGUGACGCUUUACCUCUCGGGCUGUGACGCGAACCAGCUCGCGAUCGGCUCCGUCCUCUGCCCCAUCAACUACCCCUGUCCGUUGGUGCGCCGCUUCACUGCCCAGAUCCUUGUCUUCGACAUCACGGCGCCGAUCAUCACCGGAACCGCCGUUGAGCUCUUCCACCACUCCGUCAAUGUCCCCGCGACCAUCAGCAAGCUCAUCAGUAUCUCUGAGAAGGGCCAGGUGGUCAAGACCAACCCCCGUGUGCUGCAGAAGGGCACGACAGCCACGGUCGAGCUCACGGUGCGCUCGCCGACGGGUUCCACCCGGCCGCCCCUCAUCCCGCUCGAGACGGCAAAGGAGAACAAGGAGAUGGGCCGCGUCCUCCUCCGUCGCGGAGGCGAGACCAUUGCGGCGGGCAUGGUGAUGGAGCUGCUCUAG